GUCUGAUUCCAAAUGAGCACAAACUUGUGAUGUGCGUGUAUGGUCAAAAAAAGGCGUACGAUACGUGAAAAUGGGAUGUAUUAGGAUGGUAGCAUAUUUUCUUCGUAUCUGUUGCUUUCUCAUUGCGUUUCUGACCCCAUUAAAGGUGACAGGCAAAACAACAGUGGAUCAAACAACAGAAUAUACAACUGGUGUUGCAACAAUAAUUCUAGACAUAACAGUGGAUGUGACAACAGAAGGUAAAAAUGCUACAACAGAAAGUGACGUCAAAACAACUGAUGCAAUUGAAUUAACAACAGCAGGUAUGAAUACAACGAUGGCUGCAACAACAGAAGCUGAGGACGCAACAACAGAAGUUGCCACUGAAACAACGGAAGGUGAGGACGCAACACCAGAAGUUGCCACUAAAACAACAGAAGGUCAAGACGCAAUGACAGAAAGUGAUGUGAAAACAACAGAUGCAACUGAAUUAACAACAGCAGGUCUAGAUACAACAAUGGUUGCAGCAACAGAAGGUGAGGACACAACAACAGAAGUUGCCACUAAAACAACAGAAGGUCAAGACGCAACGACAGAAAGUGAUGUCAAAACAACUGAUGCAACUGAAUUAACAACAACAGGUAUAGAUACAACAAUGGUUGCAACAACAGAAGGUGAGGACGCAACAACAGAAGUUGUCACUAAAACAACAACAGGUAUAGAUACAACAAUGGUUGCAACAACAGAAGGUGAGGACCCAACAACAGAAGUUGUCACCGAAACAAGAACAGGUAUAGAUACAACAAUGGUUGCAACAACAGAACGUGAGGAUCCAACUACAGACGUUGUCACUGAAACAACAAAAGGUGAGGACGCAACAACAGAAGUUGUCACUGAAACAACAACAGCUAUAGAUACAACAAUGGUUGCAACAACAGAAGGGGAGGACCCAACAACAGAAGUUGUCACCGAAAUAACAACAGGUAUAGAUACAACAAUGGUUGCAACAACAGAAGUUGUCACUGAAACAACAACAGGUAUAGAUACAACAAUGGUUGCAACAACAGAAGGUGAGGACCCAACAACAGAAGUUGUCACUGAAACAACAACAGCUAUAGAUACAACAAUGGUUGCAACAACAGAAGGUGAGGACCCAACAACAGAAGUUGUCACUGAAACAACAACAGGUAUAGAUACAACAAUGGUUGCAACAACAGAAGGUGAGGACGCAACAACAGAAGUUGUCACUGAAACAACAAAAGGUAUAUAUACAACAAUGGUAGCAACAACAGAAAGUGAGGAUCCAACUACAGACGUUGUCACUGAAACAACAAAAGGUGAGGACGCAACAACAGAAGUUGUCACUGAAACAACAACAGCUAUAGAUACAACAAUGGUUGCAACAACAGAAGGUGAGGACCCAACAACAGAAGUUGUCACUGAAACAACAACAGGUAUAGAUACAACAAUGGUUGCAACAACAGAAGGUGAGGACCCAACAACAGAAGUUGUCACUGAAACAACAACAGGUAUAUAUACAACAAUGGUUGCAACAACAGAAGGUAGCGACCCAACAACAGAAGUUGUCACUGAAACAACAACAGGUAUAGAUACAACAAUGGUUGCAACAACAGAAGUUGUCACUGAAACAACAACAGAUAUAGAUACAACAAUGGUUGCAACAACAGAAGGUGGGGACCCAACAACAGAUCUUGUCACUGAAACAACAACAGGUAUAGAUACAACAGUGGUUGCAACAACAGAAGGUGAGGACCCAACAACAGAAAGUGGUCUGAAAACAACAGAUGCAAUUGAAUUAACAACAGCAGUUAUAGAUACAACAAUGGUUGCAACAACAGAAGCUGAGGACCCAACAACAGAAGUUAUCAUUGAAACAACAACAGGUAUAGAUACAACAAUGGUUGCAACAACAGAAGGUGAAGACCCAACAACAGGAGUUGUCACUGAAACAACAACAACAGGUAUAGAUACAACAGAGGUUGCAACAACAGAAGGUGAGGACCCAACAACAGAAGUUGUCACUGCAACAACAGAAGGUGAGGACGCAACAACAGAAGUUAUCACUGAAACAACAACAGGUAUAGACACAACAAUGGUUGCAACAACAGAAGAUGAGGACCCAACAACAAAAGUUGUCACUGAAACAACAGAAGACGAGGACGCAACAACAGAAGUUGUCACUGAAACCAAGGUAGAUGAGGACGCAACAACAGAAGUUGUCACUGAAACAAUAGAAGGUGAGGACGCAACAACAGAAAGUGAUGUAAAAACAUCUGAUGCAAUUGAAUUAACAACAGCAGGUAUAGAUACAACAAUGUUUGCAACAACAGAAGGUGAAGACGCAACAACAGAAGGUGUUGAUAGAACAUUAGACGUUGUUGAAGACAAAACAACAGUCAUGGAUACAACUGUGAGUGUGACAACAACAAGUCAGCAUGCAACAACAAAAGGUGUUGAUAGAACCUCAGAAGGUGUUGAAGACACAACAACUGUCAUGGAUACAACUGUGGGUAUGACAACAACGAGUCAGCGUGAAACAACAGAAGGUGUUGAUAGAACAUCGAACGUUGUUGAAGACACAACAACAGUCAUGGAUACAACUGUGGGUAUGACAACAACGAGUCAGCAUGAAACAACAGAAGGUGUUGAUAGAACAUCAGAAGUUGUUGAAGACAUAACAACAGUCAUGGAUACAACUGUGGGUGUGACAACAACAAGUCAGCAUGAAACAACAGAAGGUGUUGAUAGAACAUCAGAAGUUGUUGAAGACAUAACAACAGUCAUGGAUACAACUGUGGGUAUGACAACAACGAUUCAGCAUGAAACAACAGAAGGUGUUGAUAGAACAUCAGAAGACACAACAGUCAUGGAUACAACUGUGGGUGUGACAACAACAAGUCAGCAUGAAACAACAGAAGGUGUUGAUAGAACAUCAGAAGUUGUUGAAGACACAACAACAGUCAUGGAUACAACUGUGGGUAUGACAGCAACGAGUCAACAUGCAACAACAGAAAGUGUUGAUAGAACAUCAGACGUUGUUGAAGACACAACAGUCAUGGAUACAACUGUGAGUAUGACAACAACAAGUCAGCGUGAAACAACAGAAGGUGUUGAUAGAACAUCAGAAGGUGUUGUUGACACAACAACAGUCAUGGAUACAACUGUGGGUAUGACAACAACGAGUCAGCAUGAAACAACAGAAGGUGUUGAUAGAACAUCAGAUAGCGUUGAAGGUACAACAACAGUCAUAGAUACAACUGUGGGUGUGAUAACUACGAGUCAGCAUGAAACAACAGAAGGUGUUGAUAGAACAUCAGAAGUUGUUGAAGACAUAACAACAGUCAUGGAUACAACUGUGAGUGUGACAACAACGAGUCAGCAUGCAACAACAGAAAGUGUUGAUAGAACAUCACAAGACACAACAGUCAUGGAUACAACUGUGGGUGUGACAACAACAAGUCAGCAUGAAAUAACAGAAGGUGUUGAUAGAACAUCAGAAGACACAACAGUCAUGGAUACAACUGUGGGUGUGACAACAACGAGUCAGCAUGCAACAACAGAAAGUGUUGAUAGAACAUCAGAAGGUGUUGUUGACACAACAACUGUCAUGAAUACAACUGUGGGUGUGACAACAACGAGUCAGCAUGCAACAACAGAAAGUGUUGAUAGAACAUCAGAAGUUGUUGAAGACAAAACAACAGUCAUGGAUACAACUGUGGGUGUGACAACAACGAGUCAGCGUGAAACAACAGAAAGUGUUGAUAGAACAUCAGAAGUUGUUGAAGACAUAACAACAGUCAUGGAUACAACUGUGAGUGUGACAACAACGAGUCAGCAUGCAACAACAGAAAGUGUUGAUAGAACAUCAGAAGUUGUUGAAGACAAAACAACAGUCAUGGAUACAACUGUGGGUGUGACAACAACGAGUCAGCGUGAAACAACAGAAAGUGUUGAUAGAACAUCAGAAGUUGUUGAAGACAUAACAACAGUCAUGGAUACAACUGUGGGUGUGACAACAACGAGUCAGCGUGAAACAACAGAAGGUAUUGACAGAACAUCAGAAGUUGUUGAAGACAUAACAACAGUCAUGGAUACAACUGUGGGUGUGACAACAACGAGUCAGCGUGAAACAACAGAAGGUAUUGACAGAACAUCCAAUGUUGUUGAAGACACAACAACAGUCAUGGAUACAACUGUGAGUGUGACAACAACGAGUCAGCAUGCAACAACAGAAAGUGUUGAUAGAACAUCAGAAGUUGUUGAAGACAAAACAACAGUCAUGGAUACAACUGUGGGUGUGACAACAACGAGUCAGCGUGAAACAACAGAAGGUAUUGACAGAACAUCCAAUGUUGUUGAAGACACAACAACAGUCAUGGAUACAACUGUGAGUGUGACAACAACGAGUCAGCAUGCAACAACAGAAAGUGUUGAUAGAACAUCAGAUAGCGUUGAAGGUACAACAACAGCCAUGGAUACAACUGUGGGUGUGACAACAACGAGUCAGCAUGAAACAACAGAAGGUGUUGAUAGAACAUCAGAUAGCGUUGAAGGUACAACAACAGUCAUAGAUACAACUGUGGGUGUGACAACAUUGAGUCAGCGUGAAACAACAGAAGGUGUUGAUAGAACAUCAGAUAGCGUUGAAGGUACAACAACAGUCAUGGAUACAACUGUGGGUGUGACAACAACAAGUCAGCGUGAAACAACAGAAGGUGUUGAUAGAACAUCAGAUAGCGUUGAAGGUACAACAACAGUCAUGGAUACAACUGUGGGUGUGAUAACAACAACAGUUAAAGACAUAACAACUACCAUAGGUCAUAUAACAACCACAACAAUGGAAGGAACAUCAUCUGCUGAAUCAACCACUCCUAAACAUAUAACAACUGCUAAACAUACAACUACGGAAAGUGUUCAAACCACAAAAGUUCCUGAAAUCACAACAAAAACAAAAACAACAACAACAUCAUCAAAUACACAAAGCACUGUGUCAUCGACAACAUAUAUAUCAAGUCCUUGUGACAGUGGGCCAUGCGAGAAUGGUGGCAUAUGUACUGAAGACAAUGGUUACGUGUGUGAAUGUCCUAUGUUUUAUACAGGGAAAAACUGUCAGUUAGUGAUAAAAGCUUGUAAAAGUUGGCCCUGUCUAAAUGGUGCUACUUGUCGUGAUCAGAGUCCAGGACAUUAUACCUGUGAUUGCUUACCAGGAUACACGGGAGAUCUCUGUCAAGUACAAUUGGCCCUACUAUGUCGACGUAAUUGCAAUUUUGGUUCAUGUGAGUUGGUGGAAGGUUACCCUACAUGUCACUGUUAUGAUGGAUAUGGUAAUUCUCCAAGUGGCAAAUGUGUUGAUUUAGACAUGUGUUUACAAGAGAGGAACGACUGUUCUCAGAUUUGCGUUGAUUUACCAGGCAGAUUUCAAUGUCUGUGCAUUCAGGGCUAUGUUUUAGAAGAUGAUUAUAUUACAUGUACAGAUAUUAAUGAAUGUGAAAGCAACCCAUGCAUCUAUGGAACCUGUAAAGAUGAGAUUAAUGGGUUUACAUGUACAUGUUACCCUGGCUACACUGGAACUAUGUGUGAUAUCGAUAUAGACGAUUGUUCAAGUUAUCCCUGUUACUAUGGUGACUGUACUGACUUGGUGGAUGACUACCAAUGCACGUGUUGGCCCGGAUUUAAAUCGGCAGACGAGAAUUGUUUAGAAGAAAUUGACGAGUGUGAAAGUAGUCCUUGUGUCGAAGGUCAAGGUGUAUGUAUUGACCGGAUAAACAGAUAUGAAUGUAGAUGUCGACCGGGAUGGACUGGAAUAAACUGCCAGACAGACAUUGAUGAAUGUGACAAAGGUUUGGAUAAUUGUCAUAUCUAUGCUAAUUGUACAAAUACUGUGGGAAGUUUUACUUGUCAAUGUCAUGAUGGAUAUUAUAAAGAUGGUAAUGAAUGUAAAGAUAUAAACGAAUGUGAAGAGGAACCUUGCAGCCAUACCUGUACUAACCUAUCCCCUAGAGAGAACAGUUACACUAAAGGAUUCCGGUGUUCAUGUCCAAUAGGAUGGCGAUUACAAACUAAUUAUGUAAACUGUACAGACAUUGAUGAAUGUGACGAAGGUUUGGAUAAUUGUCAUAUCUAUGCUAAUUGUACAAAUACUGUGGGAAGUUUUACUUGUCAAUGUCAUGAUGGAUAUUAUAAAGAUGGUAAUGAAUGUAAAGAAAUUAUACUGUUUGCGUACGGUCUAGUAGAAGGAGAUGAAGAGUUGACUAUAACCUAUGACAAAUCAGUAUCUUCUGAAUUUGAUAAAGUGUCGGAGACAAUAGAGUAUAAAACAGGAUUCCCGUUUUGGGGUGAUUUCUACUAUAAAUCAUAUUUCACAGACAAUGGUUUGUUGGUAUUUUUGAAUGAGAACGAUGUUAAAUAUACGUACCCUAACCCGUUUGUAGACGGAUUCAACUCUACGCAAACAACUCCUAUGGUAGCAGUGUUUUGGGAUGAUGUUGACAUCAGUGAUCCAUCUGUUGGCAAUGUAUAUUAUCAGAUUUAUAAAAAAGAAAAUGGUUCUUUUAUAAGUAACCGACACCGAGCAAUGUUUAAUGCUGUCAAUAAGCGUAUACAUAAUGCAAAAGGAACGUACAACAAACCCUAUUAUUACGAUUAUAAUUUUGAAAAUUUUGAGGCUGAAUGGAUUCUUCUUGUAACUUGGGAAGCGGUGGCUGCAGUUCCUUCUGCGUACACUAAAGGCACGACAAAUACUUUUCAAGGAGCCUUUGUCACUGACGGCAUUUAUAGUUUUGUUUUGUGUAAUUACAAAGAGGGGUCAAUGUCAUGGAACUAUCAUGUCAGGGACAGCAACAAUGCUAUUAUGGGAUACAACGGCGGUAAAGGAUACUACGGGUAUAUUGUCAACGAACAGAAAAAAAGGCUGCCUACAUUGAAGCAAAGGUACCGUCCAGACUUAGAAAUAGGUAAUACUGGUUUCCGUGGACGAUGGAUAUACAGAGUAGAAAAUAACCACAAGUAUACCAUAAACUACAAGAAAGAUGUCUUGACUGGUAUAACACACAACCAGAACCAUACACGUGGAAUUGGGGUUUGGGUCGUAGCUUCAGCAUUCAGACAUCGUUUCCUAAUCCACACGGAGCCGGACAAAUAUGCUCAUAUCGUUCCGAUCACACACUUCUGCAUGGUUAUGGCCAUUCCAUAUGGGAAAGUAGCUUCAUGGAGCGUCAUCAGUUUUUUGGACGCAUUGGUGGUGGAUGGUGGUGGUGGUGGUUCUUCGAUUGGAGGAGAUAUUUUCUUUGGAUUUGUAAAUGAUGAUAUCUACCCUCGCUACUAUUGUUGUGCACUAUCACGUGACCCAUAUUUCUGUGAUUUGUACGCUGAGAAGCGCCCUCCUGGUGACUGCAGCGGCUACAUUCCUCCAAUAUGGGGGUGGAUGAUUGGAGAUCCUCAUCUUACGACUCUAGAUGGCGUUUCAUACACGUUCAAUGGUUUUGGGGAAUAUACAUUGGCUACAGUUGAUAAUGGUUUCUUCAGACUUCAAGGUAGGACAGCUAAAGCCUUGGACGAGGAUGGAAAUCCUGUAGAUCAUGCUACGAUUUUUGUAGCAUUCGCUGCCAAAGAAUCCUCUUCAUCCACGGUCCAGGUAGAAACAAAUGAAGACGGGACUGAGUAUAUCGUGAAGAUUGAUGGCAUAACAUUCGACAAAUCGUUACUUAGUGAAUGUGAGUAA